GUCCCCUUAAUUUAUUAAACUUUAAUUUAUUAAACUACCCAAUCUUUCAAAGUUACCCUCCUAGAAUCCAUCAUCACUACCUACCCCCCCCUCCUCCUCCUCUCCAUUUUCAUCAACCAAGUAGGAGGGGUCUUUCUCUGUAGCUUCAAAGAAUCAAAUACAUACAUAGAGUGCAACAAUAUACUAACCAAGACUUCAUUUUCACUACGCACCCCCACCCCUCCAUUUUCAUCAACCAAGUAAAGGGUAGAGUCUUGUUGGACGAAAGAAAAAUUGGGUCGUUCUCUUUUUCUUGAAUUAUACUGUUCACCUCUUUCAGGCAAAAUAUCGAACACAUAGUGUGAAACAAUCAAACUAACCACCUGGAAUUCUUCAUCACUAUCCCCAACUCCAUUUUCAUCAACCAAAGUAAAGGGUAGGGUCUUAUUGGAGCAAAGAAUAACUGGGUUAUUCUCUGUUUCUUCAACUGUAGCUUCAAUCUCUUUGUUCAGUUCAUUGAGACAAAAUAUCAAACACAUAGAGUGCAACAAUAAGUUACCCACCUCCAAUUCUUCAUUACUGCCUCCAUUUUUAUCAACACAGUAAAGGAUAGAGUAUUGUGAACGAAACAAAAAAUGGGUCUUUCUCUGUUUCUUGAACUAUAGAAGACUAUAGCUUCAAUCUCUUUGUUCAGUUUUAGGCAAUAUAUCAAACACAUAGAGUGCAACAAUUAACUAACCAACUCUUCUCAUUGAACCCCCCUCCAUUUUCAUCUACCAAGUAAAGGGUAGAGUCUUGCUGAGGACAAAACCACUGGGUCUUCCUCCGUUUCUUGAAUUGUUGCAUUUUUUCUUUCAGGCAAACUAUCAAACACAUAGAGUGCAACGAUAAUCUAGUUUAAAAACCUCACAUUUUGGUCCAACUGGUGAUGAUAUUACUCAAUGGGAAGACGACAAAUUAAUGGUGCUGUUGAUUUAUGGGGAAUUGUGCCGUCACCAAGUGUAGCUCCGUCAGCAAAUGGUGGCGAUGAUGGUAUAGAAGGUGGGGAAGAUCAUUGGAGAAGUUUUGAUAAUUCAGUAAAUGCUGUAUCGUUUGGCUUUGUUGCAACUGCUAUUCUUAUUUCUAUGUUCUUAGUAAUGGCGAUUUUCGAGAGGUUUCUCCGGCGAAGACCUUCGCCGUCGUCGGCCGUUGGUGGUGGUCGGAAUAGUAAUGAAGCUCAAAUGAGAGUUCAGACGAAGCUUGAUUACCCUUCUCCUGAGGUGGUUUAACCCCUAGUGGCGGAUCCAGGAUUUAGAGAUCGUGAGUGCUCAGGAGGUUCGAACACAUAUAUUGAUGUCCAAUGUCUUUAAGGUUCUGCCUAGAAAUUAAAGCACCCAAUUAUCUUCCUGAUUUACUGAAUGCUUUUAUAAAUCUUAUAUCAGUUUUUAUAUAUUUCUUAUAUAAUUGUACCUAAUCUGUGUCGAAUUUAAUAUGUACCGAAGCACCACAAAGUAAGCCAUAGGUCCGCCCCUGCCCUUAGGUAGGCCUAUCAAGCGGGAAUCUGGAUUAAUCGGGACCAUAGGCUUUGGAUAGCAAAUGUUAUAAUCGGAAAAGAAAAUGUGUCUAGUAAAGCGCUCUCUUUUUGUAUCAUUUUAUCUAGGGCGUUCGACUUGAUUGAAAUUAUAAGUUGAUCAAACUAGCUUAACAAGUAUUUUUUAUACUUAUUUGCUUGUUUGGUAAAAACAUUAAAAUCGUUUAUAAAACAUAAUUUUUAAUUAUUUCUUUAUUCUACUUUAGUGUUGUCCUUUUUUAAUAAUUUCUUUGAAAAUAUUUUCAAGAAUAUUGCAGUCGUCUUAACUAAAAAAUAUGUGUGUGGCAUCGUUUUACCAAACACCUUGAGGAUCUAUGUUUGCUUGAACUCUUAAAAAACGUAAAGUAUCUAGCAUUCAUGAACUAUGAUUAAAUUUGCUCUGAUACACUCCAACUUUACGGGAUUCUAUUACCUCUUUGAACUAAAUUUUAUCGGAUUUUUGUCAUUCUUUUUAGAUGAUGUGACACAUUUUAUCAACCUUUUUAGCUGACGUGGAUCCUAUUUUAGGUAAUAAAGGUGCUACAUCAAUAAAAAAGGUGACAAAAAUAUGCUAAAAUUGAGUUCAGGGGUAAUAGGAUACCUGUAAAGUUAAAUUGUGUUGUAGCAACUUUGACAGUAGUUGGGGUGGGUUACUGGAUGCUUAUAAAUGUCAUAGGUGCAUGUCAAAUCUUUAAAAAGUAUUUGUUUCUUUGAGGAUUCAACAUGAGUGCAACAUUUUGGAAAAGUAAAAGCAACAUAAUCGACUAAUUAUUAUUAGAUUCAACAUUUUUAUUCAACCACGGAAAUGUUUAUUUCAAUACUUGGUACUUGUAAGCUAUUUUUAAUCAGCUAACUCAGAGGGGCUCAUAGUCUCCAAUGGACUUAAUUUAUUGGAAACAUCUCAUUCCUAUGUAUUCAUGUGAUUCUUUUGUCUAUAGCCAAAAAUUCAUUAAACAAGAGGUUGCUAUAAUGGCCCCAUUGUGUUUCCGCAUGGUACACUACCAAAGUAUAAAAGACUUUUUGGAAAAUGACUUGUCCGAUUGAAAAAACCCAUGUUGUGUGUGUGUCUCAAUUUUAUGCAUAUUACAAGACAUUAAAACCCAAGAUAUGCUAUUUUAUACAAAGAGUUAUUCAUCAGAAGGGUUUUUUUAAUAGAUGAUUUGCAAUUUAUUGGUAUUCUUGUCCUAACAUCUUGCCAAAAGAGAAACUAUAGCUUCCAAUGAUGUGCCACCAUAUUUUGACUUUGGAGACCAUGUUGACAUAUAUGACACUUUUUUGUUCCUUUCCAAAUAAGAGUUAAUGCUGCAAUUCAACAUUUUUUAAAAAAUAAUUGUGGUUUUCUUGGUACUUGGAUUUGUUGCAUUUGGUUUCGAGGGUAUCUUGGAAACAAUCUCUCUAUCUUCACGAGAUAGUAGUAAGGUGUGGGUACACUUUAUCCUCCCUAGAUUCACAUGUGGAAAUUCAGUGAGUAUGUUGUUGUAAUUGUGGUGUUUGAUCUAACUUGUGCACUACUUCAUGAGAUAUCUGCUCUCUCACCUAGCACAAGUAUUUGAGUAACUCUGUCAAUCAAGAUUUGGAUAGAUGAGGAGAAAUCACGUACUUCCUUGUUCUCCCUCCGUUUUAAUUUAUAUGUCUGAUUUUAAUUUGAUAUGAAGUUUAAGAAAAUAAAGAAGACGUUGAAUUAUGUGGUUUAAACUAAAGAUUUGUACAAUGUAACAAAAUAUUCCUUAAUCUUGUGGUUUUAAACGUGUCAUGUGGAAAAGUUGAAAUUAAAGAGUUACCAAAAAAGAAAAAAUAUUCUUUUUGGAACAAACUAUAAGACAAUAAAUCAAAACAAAUUAAUAUAUUUUUUGCCCUAAGUGAAAUUUAAAUCUGAGAUAUCUCAACCCACUUCAUUGACCAUAGUGACACAUUUUUAUGAUUUUUUUUUUGUAAAAAUGACAUAAAUCCCAACCUUAUUAGAAUUAUUUAUACUCUCUCCCAUUUCCUUAAUUGCUUUACUCUCUCUCCCAAUUCAUAUACAUAACAGGGCCGACAUAUACAUAGAAACCUUUGUAUAUGACAAGACCGACAUAUACAUAAUAAAGCCGAUUCAUAUACAUAACAAGUAUGACAAGGCCGAUAUAUAUAUAACA